UUUGAAAUAUACACCACUUAGACGGAUUUACUUUCGAUUUGACGAUAUUAUUUUAUACCUUUGAUAACGUUAGAUUGGCAGAGUAGUUAACGCGCUUUAAACUAUGGACGUUUACGAUGUUCAAUGUAGCAUGACGCGAAAAUAUAUAUCUUUAUAUUUCAUCUACUUAAUUGUACACUAGUUACUAGUGAUACGACAUACGUGCCGAAUGAAAUGUUGAAUAUUUAUUUCCAAUAGACGCCGACUCAAAUGGUUUUAACUUGAAAGCUCAAAGACGCAGUGCAUUAACAGAUAUUGGUCUGAAUACGAGAGAGAAAGAGCAUUAACGCAACAACUAACGGAUUAAAACGGACCUACACUUAUUAACGCUGUUUCAGCAGAAACAUAUACAUGUACAUAAUGGAAGCAAAACGUAAACAAAUACGUGAUAAAUUUCGAAAUCUGAAGUCGGGGGCAGAGAUGAAGGGCAUGAAAGCAGAGGAGAUCAAACAGACUUUAAUAGCAACAGGCGCCCAAAGCGCGCCAUCCAAACAGUCGGGUCUGGAGUGCGAUUCUGGGAAAAUUGUUAGCCUUCUACGGCUUGACUCGAAGCCCGCGCUGAAAGUCCGACAGGUCCUAAGGAAGCAUCUGUUGAAGGUGUUUCUAGUGGUCGGCGUCGUCAGUGCCGUCGGCGGCUAUUUCUUCAAGGAGACGCUGAUCGAAGCACUCGGCAUCAGGGAGGAGCGAUGCGUGCUAAACAACAACAAUUUCGUAAUGGAAGUCGCUCGUCCAAUCCUGAACUGUAACAUGUGCGCGGGAGUCACCCGCAUCCCUAUCGAGACCGACAUGACUUCGGAGGUCUUCAUCCGGAAAUUCGCCUACAGCGGAAUUCCGGUGCUCAUAAAGGGCGCCAUCGCUAACUGGACGGCCAUGGGCACUUUCAGUUUUCAGUUCUUCAAGAAGCUAUACACGGAGACGGAAGGAGCGCUGGAUGCGGUAGAGAACGAGUGUCAGUUCUUUCCCUACAAGACCGACUUCGACACUCUCGGCGAUAUGUUCAACAUGUCAGAGGCACGUGCGAACUUCAGCGAGGGGGAAAAGACGUGGUAUGUCGGAUGGAGUAACUGUGACAGCACUGUGGGGAAGAUCCUGCGGGAGCACUACCAGCGCCCCUUCUUCCUCCCACAGGACAGCGAGUCAAGCAUGCUUGACUGGAUCUUCAUGGGAGGAACCGGACAGGGCGCAUUUGUACACCUGGACUUUGUUGAGCGGCCGUCGUGGCAGGCGCAGAUUUCCGGCAAGAAGUCGUGGCGGAUAAUCCCCGUACCCGAGUGUGAGACCGUCUGUACCGAAAUGAACGUCACCGUCCAUAAAGGAGAUAUAUUUGUUUUCGACUCAAAUCUUUGGUACCACUCUACUAAAGUCGAGCCAGGGGAGAUAAGCAUAACAAUUGGAUCUGAGUAUGACUAGGUAGAAGCGGUCGAUGGUUGAUCUGGUUUUCUACGCCCUGGUGGCAGCGAGCAAUUUUGCGAGAACGGAUUUAUACGACCUUCAGAAAACAAAAAAUCUAUUUUAAUACAACCGAAACCUGUCAAUUCAUGUUAAUUGACUGUCGAUCAACUUUAUGUCACCAUAUUCUGUUCAACAUCCUUUUUGGCAUGCACUACGUUUAUGUAUGAACUGAUUGUCAAUACAUUUAUAUUUCAUUUCGGGAGCGUAGUGCUGUAUGUUAAUGAAUUGUCUUUAUGUACCCUUUUGGAUGCGGACUAGUGUACGUGAACUCAUUAAAAAUAAUGAUAAUAAUUACACCAAGAAAAUAGAUCCCGUUAUUAUUGUUAAAAGCCACAAUUGUCGUCACCUAUUUUUUUCAUUUAAUGCAAUAAUUUAUACGUACUUAAUUCUUGGAGUAGGGAAUUGCCUAGAGUUUAAGAUCACUAAAAUAAAUGAGUUGCUCUUUCAAUGGAAAGCAAUAUCAAAGACCUAUACAAUGAAUUGUAUAGGUCUUUGGUAAUAUGAAUGUCUUUUAAUUGCUAGGCCCCACAAACACAGUUUGAACGGGGAUAUACCGGAGUCACCUCUUUGGUUAGUCUGUUUGUUGUAUGUUAAUAUUUCUAGUCUAUCAAUGUUAUUCUAUGCUAUUUGUUCAAUUCAGAUGAAACUUCUCACAAAAAAUCUUAAUCUUUAUUUUCAAAACAAGUAGGUUUAACAUUAAUAAUGGCGGACUGGCGGCCAUCUUGAUAAAAAUGUUGGUAAUUAUAGCUACUUUUUAAAUUGUGUUCAAUUUACAUGAAUGUGUGGCUGACUAGAGAGGAUUUUGUCAAAGGGACUUUUAACACAUUUAUGUAUAUUUUAUCAAUCUUUUUAUUGAGCUGAUAAAGAAUAAGUGUCUUUUUGGAUACAAAUCAAAAUGGCCAACUUGCGACUAUCUUUUAUUUAAGUUCGUUAUAUUUUUUUCCUUUCGACAUACGCUACACAACUUGGCACACGUUUUGGUCUGAAUGAGGCGAUGUGUCUCGCGCAAGAACCAGUGUGUUAUCUCUAUCCUUAAUAUCAGUUGACAUUGACGAUGAAAACACAUAAUUUAUCAUGCAAAGCCUCUUUUUUUACAUCUGUAUGCCAAAGCGGUAUUCGGACGUGCAUCUUAAUCGCACUUAUUGAUAGCUUAUGUUUGUUAUUCUUAAUAUUUGGUACAUGGGUUAUAAAAUAUGUUGAAAUAAAUAACUAUAAAAAUG